AAGAAAUAAAAAUAAAAAUAAAAAAGCCAUGCACCAACACCGUCCCGCACCCACCACCACCGGCGCCCCACCUCCCCCACCUCACCCGCCCAGAUGCUGCCCACGCCCGACACGGAUCACAUAGAUCCCAACACGACGUACUCUCCAGCGGAGGACUCGUACCUGGUGCUAGACACACUCACGUCGGACGCUGGCUUCCUCCAUUCACACUUCGCACCGCCCUCCUCGCCCCCCCUAAUCCUCGAGCUCGGCACGGGCAGCGGCAUAAUCUCUGCCUUUAUCUCCACCAAUACCACCGCGCUCUUCGGUCGGGCGGACGUCCACCUCCUCGGCACCGACGCGAACUCCAUCGCGUGCGCAGCGACGGCGCAAACCCUCUCUCUCACGCCCGCGCCAUCGCACUUCCUUGGCGCGCUGGUGGCGGACCUCGCGGCGCCGCUGCGCGAUCACGUCGUCGACAUGCUCGUGUUCAAUCCUCCGUACGUACCGACGCCAGAGCUGCCCAGCUUGCGUGCGGAGCACGGAGCGACAGAGUUUGAGGAGGAGUCCAGGCUCCUGGCGCUGACGUAUGCGGGCGGCGAGGAUGGGAUGGAGGUCACGAGGCGUGUGCUGAUGGGGCUGGGGAGCGUGCUGAGUCAACGUGGUGUGGCGUAUAUUCUGCUUUGUCGCAGUAAUAGGCCUGGUGAGGUGGUUGAGGGGUUGAGAGGCCAGGGCUGGAGGUGUGAGAAGGCUGGUGGCAGUGGGAGGAGGGGCGGGAUUGAGAGGUUGGAGAUCUGGAGGAUCUGGAGGUAACGAAUGAUCGAACGAAACAAUCGUACCGUGAGGCCAAUCGUCUGAGUAGGAAACAACCCGCAAAGGCACACGGACAUGGCGCCGUACCAGUGCUGGUGAUAGUUGGUGGAGCACUGUAAUGGCAUUGGUACACACAAGACGCCGGGGCUUAUCCCCUAUGCAUGUGUAGAGCGCCCUUUCGUCUUCCGUCUACUGCUAUGCGAUUCCAGUAUUCCAACGUAAGUUCCCUCUCGGGAAGCACGUAGGUACGGCAAGCCCCAAAAAACUCCAGAUACCUAGUCUACGGUACGUUCCUAAGGGCCAUCGGCCGCAG